UUAGCCUAUGUCAUUUUAAAAUUUCUCAGGUGUCAAAGUCAGCAAGGCACAUAACUCAACACUGCUCUAAGGGAAACUGUAGGCCCUGUGUCUGUACAAUAGACACAUUUUCUCCUCUCCCGUCACCGUAAACUAAAUAUGUAUGUGUAGGCCAUGUGAUUUUGGCUAGUUAACCCCCCUUGCCUCGACUGCUCCUUGACCACCUUGACUAAGCAAUUUCCUGCGGGAAACACUGAGAUAACUUAAUUGAACAAUUCUGCUGCAUGAGUUGUCUUAAGUGAAUGUAAAAUAUGGUGAUUUCCAUUUACCAGACAUGACCAACGUCACCUUGCUGUUUGAAGGGGAGGAUGACCACCUCCUGCCUUCCACUUCUGAGUCUAUAAUAGACAUUGAUCUAUUCAUUGUCGCGGGGAGGAUCAUAGGACAUUCGUUCCUACAUGGUGGCCCACCACUGUAUGGCCUAAGUGAGGCCGUUGUUCAGAUGGUCGUGCAGGGGACCGCAGACAUGUCUUCAAUGACCGUGCGUGACGUUGCUGACUUUGAUUUGAGGGGCACGAUCAAAAUGUUGGAUGGAGAGGCUGAAUUGACCGGCGCUGAGGUGGACCAGAUCAACCAACUGGCCCUUUCCUGGGAUCUUCCGCCGCUGUCCUCAGGGAACCGACAAUACUUGUAUCAGAAGCUAUUAAAACAUGCGGUGCUAGUGAGACGUUCCAGGCAGGUUAAACAAAUCCGGAAGGGCUUGAAGGAGACCAAUGUGCUACCUAUGCUAAAGGAGAGGCCAGACACAGCUGAGGUGUUGUUCCCCAGGGCCGCUAGUGCGGUCCUAACUGCACAGGCAAUAUUGAGCCAUGUUGUUUGGCCAGGGAAAGACGACGACUCCAACAGUGAGUCAGACAGAGACUCCGACAGCAACACGGACUCCUCACCCAAGAAAGACUGCCGAGCUGAAGAAUUUUUGCGGAGAUUUAUUGAGACAGCCUCUGCAACUUCUCUCCUGCAAUUGGUGCAGUUCUGGACGGGAUGGAAUAUCCCGACGGGGACCAUGACUGUCAAGAUCGAGGCGGAAGGAUUGCUUAAAGCGUCAACUUGCUUCACAACUCUAUAUGUACCUGGGCACUUCCAGAAAUACCAUGAUUUUUACAACCAUGUUGCAUACUGUAUUUCUACAAGCAACUCUGGCUUUGGCCAAAUUUAAAAUCAUACUGCCAGUUCACAUUUUAACAGCUGCCUAGUUAAUGUUUUACAAUUUUAAUAAUACGUUUACAAUAGAAUUAUAGUUGCAUACAGUGUUUCACAUUAUUAUGCAAAUGACAAUUUUCACUGAUUUACCCUACUAAUCAAUGAAAUGAGUCAUCAUAAUUUGCAUUCAAAAAUAUUUCAAUUGUAUUCUAAUGGCUGAUGACUUGAAAGUUAUGACUGUCAUUUUAUUGAUUAUUAGGAUGAAUCUGUGAAAAGUGUAAUUUGAUAAUAAUGUGAAACACACUGUAAAUAGAUAGUUAAAGGUACACUGUAAGAUAUUUUGGGUGUUUUUUUUUUUUCAUUUAUACUACCCAUUCACUAAUGUUACCUUUUUCAUGAAUACUUAAAUUUUGAUGUUGGUGGGAAGUACAGGUAUUCAUUAUGACUGGAAAAAUUGCCCUUUUCAUACAUGAAAAGUAGGAUCUUGUCCAUGGUCCAUGAAUUUCCAGAAAACAUUAGUUUAUUACUAAGUAAACUGUCACGAAAAGAUCAAAUUUGGCAAUAGGCAACCCAGUUUCAAUGCAUAGUUGCGGUACCUUUUCGACAAUUUCCUGCACAGUAUACCUUUUAAACUAGAUUUUGGGCAGAACAGUUUCAAUGAGCGGCAUAGUUGAAAUACCUACUCUGGCCACCAACAAAGCACGUUUCAUGUUUGAAUUUUGAAGUUUGUGAACUCUACAGGGAUCUGUACUUUUCUGUAGCAGCAAUUUAAAAAAGUCUGACCAGCACUUCUUUAUUGGCUGUAAUGUUGUAGAACAGGCAGUGUUUAUAUUAAUCGAUUUCACCAUAUUGUUGUGCGGGCAUCUUGAAAGCCCCUUACGUUUACAAAUUAAGUUGCUGUCCUGUCAAUAAAAAGCUCAUCUGUUUACAAAAAAAAAUGGAGAUUGGCUGAUUCACUAGUCACAUGACUCAAUGCGUCAGCACAAACCGCAGUAAACUGACAGCUGCGCUGCUUCUCUCACACCAAGAUGCAAUUGCCUCUUUCUCUCAAAAGAAAUAUGAUGAGUGCUUCAAAUGUCAUCUUUCAAAUUUGAGUUUAUUUAUCGUCAAGGAUGGGCAUGUCGCGCGGCCUACGUCUAUUAAGGUGUUGAGCGCACCACACAACCUCACAACCAAAACCAAAUCGAAUGUGACUCAUGGUUGCAAAGCUGUCACCGGAGACAUACACUUGCUACACACAGCCUACGGUUAUUGAGGGUUAUACAUUUCUUCAGACCAUGAGAGUUACGGCAGCAAAAAAAAACAAAAAAAAAAACACGUAAGCUACAUGCUUUUUCUCCCUUUCUUUGUUGAUAAAGUCCGUUAAUGGUGUGUCAAUGAGCUUAACAAGAAUGCAACGUCAUGCUGUGAAUGGAGGGGAGCAUUUCAUUUUGACGCUGAAAAAAGAAAGAAAAUCAAUCCGAUCUGUCAAAAAUUGGCCAUACUAAAUGCAACGAUCAGGAAUAUUCUGGAAAAGAAAGAAACUACUGGGGUACUGAGUAACAAAUAUUGAAGUGGUUGGUCAAGGAAAAAUAGCAAUGGUUGAUGACGGAAAUUCUGUGAGGGCUACAAAGAAAGCCAAC